CUAAGUCUUAGAGCACUUCCACCAACUUUUAUUUUCUCUUCAUUUUAAAGAACCUUUACAACAAAACACUUAACUUUCUCUCCAAUGGUGGAAAGAAGAAACUCCAAGAAACCAACCCAAUUGGGUAACAAAGAAGAUCAAAACCCUAGAAAUUUCUACUCUCGCUUCAUCUUCAAAGCCCUAAUCCUCGCCGUGUUCUGCUCCAUCGUCCCUGUCUUCCUCUCCCAGACACCAGAGCUCGCUAACCAAACCAGACUCCUCGAGCUUCUCCACCUUAUCUUCGUGGGCAUCGCCGUCUCCUACGGCCUCUUCAGUCGCCGGAACUACGACGGUGGCGGAUCAAGCAAUAACAACGAUCAUAACAAUACCUAUGUUCCUAAGCUUCUUGAAGUAUCCUCUGUUUUUAACGUGGGUAAUCAUGAGAGUGAAUCUGAACCGUCCGAUGAUUCCUCCAGCGACAACAACCGUAAAUUUCAGAAAUUUCAGACAUGGAGGAACAAGUACCAGAUGAAAACUCCCGAGGUUGUUCUUUCUAGAGACAACGAGACUAGGUUCGUUGAUCGUGUUAGUUCAGUGGUUAGAGAAAAGCCUCUGCUCUUGCCUGUUCGUAGCUUCAACUACUCUCGUGUCUCUGAUCACUCCACAUGGGAGAAAGUUAGAUCCAAGAGAGAGCUACUCAAGAGUCUCGGUGAUGAUGAUGAUGAUGAUAACGGUGAUGUCCUUCCUUCUCCAAUCCCAUGGAGGUCCCGAUCAUCGUCAUCUUCAACGGAGGUUGAAUCUCAGCCGUUGAUCAAGAAUCCAGCGAAUCUGACUUCAUCUUCUUCCUCUUCUUCUCCGCGUUUACCUAAGCUCACAACUGAGCAGGGAGCGAAACCGGUUGAAGACAAAGUGAGGAAGCAGGAGAUUCGCCCUUCACCGUCACCUCCUUCUCCUCCGCCUCCGCCGCCUUUACCGGCGUUUUACAACUCGAGAAAGGAUCAUUCUCCCGGAGUUUACAGAGAAUCAGUUCAGAAGAAGAAGUUUUCCGGCGGCGAGUUUUAUCCUCCGCCGCCUCCGCCACCACCACCUCCGAUAGACUACUAUAAGUCGCCUAAAGUAAGCAGCGAACGGAGAAAAUAUUCCGACCGUUCUGCGAAAAGAAACUCUUCUAAGAAGGUGUGGUGGUCUGAUCCAGUCGUGGACUCCAAGGAACAUAGGGUUAUUAAAGAAGACACUGAGAAGAAUGAUUUCUUGGGAAGCAAGGCAGCUGAAGAAUCGGAGGAUGCAGAGCAUGGAAGAAGAGAAGCUGAAGUCCACGGAGUUGAUGAUCACAGCGAGAUGGAGGAAAAGAAGAUAGAAGAGGAAGAGGGAGUUUGUGGGAACACCAGUGACGUGGACAAGAAGGCUGAUGAGUUCAUUGCAAAGUUCAGAGAACAAAUUAGGUUACAAAGAAUUGAAUCCAUCAAGAGGUCUACUAUUAAGAUCUCUGCAAAUUCUUCUAAGUAGAAUGUAUUAAAUAUUUGAAUAAUAACAGGAAGGUUGUUAAAGAUGUUUGUGUUAUUAUAUAUUCAGGCAGAAAUAUAGGAAUUGGAACUGAGAUUUAUGUGAAUUAAUACCCAC